AUGUUAUCUGCUCUGGUGUUUCUGAGCAUAGAGGUCCUAGGUGAAGCAGCCAGGCCUAAGAUAUCCUGUUUUAAGAUUGACCUCUCUCAUCGCGUACCGCAUAUGGUCGAUAUGAUAAAGAGAACUGAGUUACCUUCGAGCGAGUUAGAAAUUGCUAUCAACAGCAGGAAUGAUUCAACGAACACCGGUAUAUCUCUAUCCAAGCUCGGGAGUCUCCGUAGCCAAUGGCUGCACGAUUUCGACUGGGAAAAAGAACAACUUGAACUAAAUCAGUUGAAACAUUUUACGACGACUAUCGACGGCCAAACAAUUCAUUUCAUCCAUGAAGUCUCCCAAGCGCGGAACUCUAUUCCGAUCAUCCUACUUCACGGUUGGCCAGGAUCGUUUUUGGAAAUGCUGCCCGUCAUAAACAAUUUGACACUCAAGAAUUAUUCUCAUAUGGCAAGCCCCGAUGAGGUGUCGUUUGAUGUCGUUAUUCCCUCUCUUCCUGGAUUCGGCUUCUCUUCGCCUACUCCAAAGAAUUGGACCAUUGACGACACUGCACGUGUAUUCAACACCCUCAUGCAGGAAGUGCUGGGCUAUGAUACCUAUGCAGUUCAUGGUUCUGACUGGGGAGCCUUUAUUGGCUGGUCAUUAUAUAAUUCCUACCCAAAAUCUGUUCGCGCCACUCACAUGGCGCUUUUCCCAGAGCUUCCGCUACAACCCGAGCAGCUGGAAGCAGACAAUAUAACGCUUUCUAAAGAGGAUACGUUCAGCGAGCAACUUUGGGUUGACAAUUCUGUUGGUGGCAGUGCAUAUGCAGUUCAACAGAGAACUAAACCAAACACAAUCGGCCUGGCUUUGUACGACAAUCCCGUUGGCCAGCUUGCGUGGAUUUCGGAGAAAUACAUCUCUUGGUCUAAUCCGCGACGUGGCACCGGGCCGUCCGUUUUGAAUGACCAUGAAAUCCUUCGGGUCGUCUCGUUAUAUUAUCUCACACAGUCGUUUACUUCCGCUGCCUACAUUUAUAACCAGAAUCCGUCGUCAUUUGCCGUUCCUCUGUCAAAAGCAAAGACAGAUGCUCCAUUUCUGUUUUCCAACUUUAAAUAUGAUACAUUCUUCAUCCCAGAACAGAUUAUACGUCCUCUGACCAAUCCUGUCUACUAUAGAUCGUGGGAUUUUGGUGGACAUUUUGGUGGCUUGGACAACCCGCCUGCUCUUGUUCAGGGCCUAAGGGAAAUCAAGAAAUACUGGCAUUACUGA